GCAACCAAAAGUGUAUUGUCCAUGGAAAGCUGCUGAGGUUGAGGACAUAUAUGGGCCAGAGCUGCGAUUGGGAAUACCUCAGGGAAGAACCUGACAAUCCAGACAAGAAAAGGAGGAAACGGAUGAGCUUUGGAUGGUGCUAAGAAUCAAGUUCGAUAGGGAAACAAUCACAGAAAAGAUGAGAUUGGAAGCAUUUAGACAACCUGAGAUAAGUUUGAAUGUGGAAACCAAUCCUGAGAUGGAAAAGAAGAGGAAAGAUGAGAAACAAAUCUAUGAGAAGCAGAAACAAAUAUAUAGUGUUGCAGUACAUGAGAAACACCCACCCGAUACAUACCAUGGGUCAGCAGAAGAAGCAUGGAACCAAAGGGAAAUCACAGCAAGCAGAAAGUUACUUUGGGAGCAAAUGAGGGCCAGUGAGCAACAAGAACAAACGCCUGCAAAAGAAUCGAAGUGAAGCUAUUCAAUAUGACAAAUCUGGCCCAAACUAUUUUUUUUUGUUAAUGUUGACCGACGUUGACCGUUAGUAGAUCAUAGAAAAUGUAGUCAGCUUCUAUCUGGUUUGGUCCAUAUUUGUCAUAUUGUAUUGUUUAGGCCACAAAUGACACAAAAUGCAUAUAGUUUGGGCCAGAUUUGUCAUAUUGAAUAGUUUAGGCCACAAAUGACACUUUUUGGAUAGUUUCGGUUUCCUAGUGGAAUUAGCCCUAUAAAAGUAUACAAACUAGACAAACAAACAUUAUAAAACUGUUGUUGUCGUCUACAAAUUCUCGCCAGCGGCGGGAAAGCAUCCAAUGUCUCUCUCGUAUACCCCAGAAAUCAGCUCUCUUCUCUUAUGAGAUUGCAUCCGCCUUUCAGUUUCGAGCGUCUUCUUGGAGAAAAAAGUUCUUCUCUAAGAGUUUCAAUAGCAAGCGGCCGCCGGGGAGAAUUCCGAUGGCGCCACCGAGGAAUACCGAUGGGGAGAGAUGGUUCCGCUAAGGCACAAAUGGGCCAAGUUUAUUUUUAUUUUAAUGGUUAAAGAAAUAACUUGUGUAAUUACUACAUUGUCCUUCAUUAAAUAUAAUUAAUUGAAGUUAUUGGAUUCUAAUGAGGUUGAAGAGCCGAGAUUGACUUAAUCAAGUGAUUAAGAGCCCUUCUUAGUCACCUCAUCUUUGCCCGGAAAGUCUGCCUUCCACAACCUUUAUAUUUGUUUCCAUUUCCAUUAAUUAAUUUUAAAUGUAUUAGUCUUCAGUUGCAUUUAUUUUUAUUCUGAAACAAUACACCGAAGGUGUCGCAACUGCCCCUCGGAAUUGGGGGGUCCGUCGCAUGAUGCUCGGAGUCGCCAUUGACCUUAAUUUGUAGCGGGUCGAACACUAAUUGGACCGGUCUCGACCAUAGGAACGAAACCGGGACUUGGUCUGUGAAAUAAUAGAGUUCUGGGUCUAGGAGUACGGUUACGUGUGGGGAAAGUGUAUUCACACCCCACAACGCCCAAAAUUGGUACUACUUAAAUCGAUAAAUUUUUAAAGGAGUUGGGUGUAUUAUAAUUUGCUCCUUAUUUACGUAUUUAAUUAUAUGAUUCGAUUAAUUAGGAUCAUAUAUUAAAGACUUGAUCAUGCGUCUAUUGACGCAAAAACUCGAAAGUAAAGAAAAAGUUUUUGGUUAGUUGUACUCGAACCUAUUAAUUGCCUACGUAAACGAGUAGUCGAGAUCAAAGUCCAUGUAGUUCGAUAAAUUGAUAGGUGUUGGAAAGAGGAUCUUAACACGUUCCUAAUCACGUCAUAUAAUUCUGCCUCACAAGCGACAACCACAGGUAUGAAUCACAUCCUUAAAUCGUACCCAAUUAAGUUACUUUUUGUUCUACUACAUUGUUCUAUUUUAUUGCUAUUACUUCCUAGGCUUUGAGUCUGCAUGCAUAUUGAUUUGCUACUGCUUUCAUGGUAACCAACCUUCCAUCUUCUAUUUUGUCCAUGAAAAUCCAGGUAAGUUUUAUAGUUAAUGAAGUUGUUUGUUAGAAUUUGGAGUCCGAUGGAACAGAAGAUGUUGCGUAUGAUUCUUAUAACUGCUAGUAUUUUCUACAUAUUAAUUCUUCUAUUAUAUCUGCGUUUAUCUAAUGAUGCUUUCUUUCGUUGUGAAGUUUGCCCUACUUUAUUUUAUCACUAAACGAAAUUAGUUCCUUUUGUUUCAUGACUAUUAUGGGGGAAAAGACAUGUCUACCACUCAGAAGUAAGAAUUCCUAAUUUGUGGAUUGGGUCAUAAACUUUGAGUUGUGAGAAGCAAUUUAGGCACGACACCACUUGCUUUUCCUGUGGCAUAUUAUUAUUCGCUCCUAUUCAUAGUAGUGAGAUUUUGUUAAAUUCCUCAUGCACCUAUAUGAUAUCCCAGCAAGUUAAUUUUUAGAGUUAUUGGUGGUUCAUGUGUCAACUGAUUAUAGUUAAUUGUUGCAUACAUGUAAUUACUAGGAUUGCACAGUAGAGGAAUUCUCGAAGCAAUCCUUUUGUUAAUUGAAAUUGGUUAGUCUCUUUCUUUUGUCAUAUCAACACGAGCCUGAAAGGAUCAAGGAAAGCUGAGAAAGAAGAAGAAUAAAGAAAGAGGAGGAGGAAAAACAAGAACAAGAAGGUAUCAAUGAUUGACCUGAUGAUCAUGACAUGAGUUAGGAGUGUUUCAAAUUUUGUGCUGUCGAGCAUUGGUCUCAAAUCUUUUCCUACAUAUUAAAAUACCAUGACUCAUCUCUUUUGAUUAACUAGAUGUGAGCCCGUCCGUUGGACGGAUAGAUUUUGUCAACGGAAUAAAUAAUAAUAGUAAUUUUUUGAAGAAAUACAUGUUUUAUUUGAUAUCGUUUUAAAAUUCUAAAUUAUUUGAUUACUGAAAGACAUGGUAACCCGAUUUAUUGACAAAGGUUCUUACGAGAAGUAAAAAUAAAAACCAUGCAAGGAAAUUGGCUUCUAAAACUUAAGAAGACCACACUAUUUGCUCCUCGCUGUUUAAACUACUGCAAAUUUCAUUUUGUGGAGUUUUUUUGUUAUUGUUCUGCCAUCAAAAGUAUCAUCAUCUCCACAAAUCACAAUGCCUUAGUCUUCCUUAACGAAGCCUUUAUCUUCACAAUAGGCUCUUCCUUCUUCUUCUUCUUAAUAUGAAUUUCACUGAAAGCCAAUCUUUAAUGGUCAAAUGUAUGAAAAUACUAAACAUUAAUUUUCACGCAAUAAAGUUUAUUUCGUUCAAGUCGUAAAUAUUUUUUGAGAUUUGUUCUUUCCCUUAUAAGUAAUCCAAAUGCCAACACAUAAUUUGAUAAACUAAUAGAUUGAAAACUUAAUGACUAACACAUAGGGGUAUUUACAAUUCUCUAAUAGAUGCAUUUUUUAUUAUAUAAAGAAAAAAAUUCUUAUUAGUUCUGAGUUAUAUGAAUUAAUUUAUGAAAUGUAAUAUGGCAAGCAAUAAAUGCUUGUAAGGUCCAACAAUAUGAGAAUCAUUAUUUCGAUGAAUUAUUUCUUCGGACAGAAGAAGAUUAUGUAAACACUUAUUCGAAAUAAUUACAGUAAUUGAUCAAAAUGGUCAUAUAAAUUUGUUCCUAUAACCAAAAUGGUUACAAACGAUUAAAACAUAAUAAAAAUAUCAUGUAUAAAUAAUGAUAUAACAAAAUAAAUAUUUUACUUUAUAAAAAUACUUGUAAAUCCUCUCAUUAAGAUUUCAUGAGAACCAUGUAAACUUUACGAUAUGUUACUCGAAGAUAUAAACAACAGGAGGAAGAAUAUAAAAUUGAAAGGGUUUAAUUAAAGGGUUAAUACCUUAUUUUGGUAUGAACUAUGACCAUAUAAUCACCUUUGGCUCGUGGUUUCAGAAAUUAAUAUCCUGGCAUUAACUAUGUAACAUAUAGACUCAAUUGGUUCGACAGAGUGUUUGACCGUCAAUUUGGAUGGUCAAUGCAGUUCAUAGCUAUAUAGAUCAUGUUUCUUUGUUCAUGAAACAAAGCGAUGAAACAUAUAAAACAGGAAAGAAUAGUUUAGCCACAUAGUAAUGAUACUCAAAUGUAUAUCCCUGAUUGACUCUUCUAAUAUACUACUUUAUUUACUCAUUUAUACUAUAUAUGCAAUUCCAUCAAGAAAGCCAAGGACGAAUGCUGCAAAACUAGUAGAACUGUCCGCACUUCAAUCCCACCACAAAUACUACGGGCUUUGAUCGUGAAGUUGUCGAAGCUACCGUGGAGGAGUAUUCGGAUGAUGGAUUAGACCGUGCAGAUAAACAUUCAAAGAUCAAAAAGCGGUGGCCGAGGAAAGAAAAAGUUCUAGUGAUCAACGGUAUGCUUGAAAAGAAGACAUCAAAAAAGAUUGUGGAAGGAAGGUCACUUGACUGAUAUUGGACGUAUAUCAUUAUUUAUUUUGUUAUAUCAUUAUUUAUACAUGACAUUUUUAUUAUGUUUUAAUCGUUUGUAACCAUUUUGGUUAUAGGAACAAAUUUAUAUGACCAUUUUGAUCAAUUACUGUAAUUAUUUCGAGUAAGUAUUUACAUAAUCUUCUUCUGUCCGAAGAAAUAAUUCAUCGAAAUAAUGAUUCUCAUAUUGUUGGACCUUACAAGCAUUUAUUGCUUUCCAUAUUACAUUUCAUAAAUUAAUUCAUAUAACUCAGAACUAAUAAGAAUUUUUUUCUUUAUAUAAUAAAAAAUGCAUCUAUUAGAGAAUUGUAAAUACCCCUAUGUGUUAGUCAUUAAGUUUUCAAUCUAUUAGUUUAUCAAAUUAUGUGUUGGCAUUUGGGUUACUUAUAAGGGAAAGAACAAAUCUCAAAAAAUAUUUACGACUUGAACGAAAUAAACUUUAUUGCGUGAAAAUUAAUGUUUAGUAUUUUCAUACAUUUGACCAUUAAAGAUUGGCUUUCAGUGAAAUUCAUAUUAAGAAGAAGAAGAAGGAAGAGCCUAUUGUGAAGAUAAAGGCUUCGUUAAGGAAGACUAAGGCAUUGUGAUUUGUGGAGAUGAUGAUACUUUUGAUGGCAGAACAAUAACAAAAAACUCCACAAAAUGAAAUUUGCAGUAGGAGCAAAUAGUGUGGUCUUCUUAAGUUUUAGAAGCCAAUUUCCUUGCAUGGUUUUUAUUUUUACUUCUCGUAAGAACGUUUGUCAAUAAAUCGGGUUACCAUGUCUUUCAGUAAUCAAAUAAUUUAGAAUUCUAAAACGAUAUCAAAUAAAACAUGUAUUUCUUCAAAAAAUUACUAUUAUUAUUUAUUCCGUUGACAAAAUCCAUCCGUCCAAUGGACGGGCUCACAUCUAGUUAAUCAAAAGAGAUGAGUCAUGGUAUUUUAAUAUGUAGGAAAAGAUUUGAGACCAAUGCUCGACAACACAAAAUUUGACACACUCCUAACUCAUGGCAUGAUCAUCAGGUCAAUCAUUGAUACCUUCUUGUUCUUGUUUUUCCUCCUCUUUCUUUAUUCUUCUUCUUUCUCAGCUUUCCUUGAUCCUUUCAGGCUCGUGUUGAUAUGACAAAAGAAAGAGACUAACCAAUUUCAAUUAACAAAAGGAUUGCUUCGAGAAUUCCUCUACUGUGCAAUCCUAGUAAUUACAUGUAUGCAACAAUUAACUAUAAUCAGUUGACACAUGAACCACCAAUAACUCUAAAAAUUAACUUGUUGGGAUAUCAUAUAGGUGCAUGAGGAAUUUAACAAAAUCUCACUACUAUGAAUAGGAGCGAAUAAUAAUAUGCCACAGGAGGAGCAAGUGGUGUCGUGCCUAAAUUGCUUCUCACAACUCAAAAGUUUAUGACCCAAUCCACAAAUUAGGAAUUCUUACUUCUGAGUGGUAGACAUGUCUUUUCCCCCAUAAUAGUCAUGAAACAAAAGGAACUAAUUUCGUUUAGUGAUAAAAUAAAGUAGGGCAAACUUC